UUCCAGCGGAUCCGGCCUCGUGAGUUGUGAGUGGAAGAUCAAUCCGCCGCCAUUAACGUUUUGAUGCUCUGUAAUUCCUCUCAGUCGCAAAGCUGUAAGAAGUUGAUGAGAGAGAGAGAUGAAAGGUGGAAUCUCAAUUGCCCAUGAACGAAUCAACAGCAGCAGCAACUCUCUGGAGCCCAAAAGAAAAGCAAUGCAUCUCUCUCCUGCUGCAGCAUCAGCAGCAGAAGAGGGGGUGGUCCACCGCCCGAAACCCUCUCCUCCAAAUUCACGCAUUCAUCCUCAGGCACGCCCUCGAUUCCAACCUCUCCCUCCUCACCAAAUUCAUCUCCGCCUGCUCCGACCCCACCCCAGCUUCCGACCCACUUGCUGGAAUCCGUCACGCCCGCCGCGUGUUCGACAACCGUCGCAGCCAGGAUGCGUUCCUCUGCAACUCCAUGAUUCGGGCCUAUCUUCAGAACUGCCAGUUCAGAGAGUCCGUUUAUCUCUAUAGAAGCCUUAGGCAAGAAGGGUGCUUUGCUCCGGAUAACUACACCUUCCCGUUUCUUGUGAAAUCCUGUGCUUCCAAUUUGGCCGUUGAAGUGGGCCAACAGCUCCACAAUCAGGUUAUCAAGAUGGGCAUCUACUUUGAUUUGUAUGUGUCGACGGCAAUGGUUGAUAUGUAUGCUAAAUUUGGAAAGGUGGAGUCAUCGAGGAGGGUGUUUGAUGAAAUGCCUCACAAAAGUCCGGCGUCUUGGACUGCAGUAAUUGUCGGUUAUGCAAGGUCGGGAGAUGUGGAAAUUGCGAGGGAGUUGUUUGAGUGGAUGCCGAAUAAAGAUCCUGCUUCCUUUAAUGCCAUGAUCGAUGCUGUUGCUAAAUCAGGAAACGUGGUGCUUGCACGCCAAUUGUUUGAUGAGAUGCCAGAGAGGAACGUGAUCUCAUGGACUUCAAUGAUCUCAGGCUACUGCAAGAACGGGAACUUGGAUGCUGCUAGAUGUCUGUUUGAUUCAAUGCCGGAGAAGAAUCUGUUCUCUUGGAAUGUGAUGAUUGGCGGGUACUGCCAGAAUAAGCAACCACAUCCAGCACUUGAAUUGUUUCGGCAAUUGCAGUUUGAUUCGUCGUUGCAGCCAGAUGAAGUGACUGCCGUGAGCAUCAUUCCGGCCAUAGCUGAUUUGGGUGCUCUUGAUUUGGGGUGUUGGAUCCAUAGCUAUGUCCGAAAAAAGAGACUUGAUAGAUCAAGCAGCGUUCUCACUGCUCUCAUAGACAUGUAUGCCAAGUGUGGUGAAAUUCAGAAAGCGCAACAGGUUUUUCACAAGAUGCCUCAGAAAGAAGUAGCUUCUUGGAAUGCUAUGAUCAAUGGGUUUGCCGUCAAUGGGCGGGCCAGGGAAGCACUUGAGGUGUUUUUGGAGAUGCUAAGUGGAGGUGUUAAGCCAAAUGAGGUGACAAUGAUAGGGGUAUUGUCUGCUUGUAGUCAUGGGGGCCUGGUGGAGGAGGGGAAGAAAUGGUUUAGUGCAAUGGUAGAGUAUGGCAUUGAUCGAAGGAUCGAGCACUAUGGAUGCAUGGUUGAUCUUUUGGGAAGGGCAGGUCAUGUCGAGGAAGCUGAGGAGCUGAUCGAGAGAAUGCCAUGUGAGGUGAAUGGGAUAGUCUUGAGCUCGUUGUUAUUUGCUUGCGGAUGCCAUGGGGAUGUCAGGAGGGCGGAGAGAGUGAUGAGAAAGGCACUCGAACUGGAGCCAUGGAAUGUGGGGAACCAUGUCAUGUUGCGGAACAUGUACGCUGGGGAGAGGAGAUGGGAGGAUAUGGCUGAGGUUAAGGGGAUGAUGAGAAGGAAUGGGGCCAAGAAAGAGGUUGGUAGUAGUGUUAUUGAGGUGAAUUGUAGGGUAUGGGAGUUUGUAGCAGGAGAUAGAAUGCACCCAAAAUGGGAAUUGAUAUAUGAGGUGCUGGGAAAUUUGCGGGCGAACAUGAUGGUUCAAAAAGGGAAGGAAGUAUGGCAAUUAAUGGCAAUUGGAUAUGAAAUGUAGCUAGCAAAGGCAUAUGUUUUUGGGUAAAAAUGCAAACGGGUACCAGCUAGUUUAGGCAAACACAUACAAACUCAGUCAUGGGAAUUGAGUCACUUUUAUCUAAGGGGAUCAAAUCUAACUCAUUGAAUGUUUUGUUUGACGAUUAGUAGUUAGUCAGGCUAGGCCUGUUGAAACUCAAGCUCAAUUAAUUAAUUAGGUUUGUUGGGAAGGAUUUCUCAAGGGAUCUAGGGUUUCCUAGAGGUGCGCAUCGCAAGGGGAGAUUAGACAAUUUUGUAAUCAAAGAAGCAACUUGCAUCACAUGGGCUCUUUGAUGUCCAAGUAAAGGCUCGUGCUGAUAUUCAUAUUGAUGAUCAUCACACAAAUGAAGACGUUGCCCUUGCUAUUGGAACAGCACUUCUUCUGGCCCUUGGGGAUACAAAAGGAAUCAACUGAUUUGGAGACUUUUCUGGUCCACUUGAUGAAGCUCUUGUACAUGUUUCACUGCCAAGAUUGAAUCACUAUGGAAGGACACAGUCCGUGAUGAGUUUUGCCUAACAUUGACACGGAUGGCGAGGUUGAUUUGAUGAUCUUUGUUAUUAUUGACUUUAUCUUUUGUUAAAGUCGGUAAGUUUUGUUUAAAUGCCUUAGGAUUUGUACCUUGAUAUUAGGUAAUUAUGAUAUGGACUUUUUUUCUUUUUCCUAUUUUAAAGUAUUUUUGUUAAUUUUAUUAGGUAUUUUACUUAGUACUUUAGUUUCUUAAUUAGAGAGUAGUCAGAUAUCCGGUUACCCUACCAUCCAACUUUUAUUAUCCAAUGUCGAAGUCGGAUAUCGGAUAUGAAUACUGCAACAUCCGACCUGUAUCUGACCCAUUUACAUGCCUAGUGGUGAUAUGUCUCCUAGUGUAAGCUGAAAACUGCACCAUUUGACAUGAACCUAUUACUUGAUGGCACUGAAUCAUUCUUGUUGAUAAUAUGUGUGGAACUAAAUGAUAUUUUGGGCUUGCCAUCUCCUCAUAUUACAAUCAUUCUAUUGACACCUUUUUUUGUUUGGGCCUCUUUAUCAUUUUGUCACUUAUUCAUUGGUCACAUGCCCAUGCUUUUGUGUUGAGUCAUUUAUUUCAUUACUGUCCAUUGUCAAAUUGAUUAUUUCAGGAUUUAUCUGGGAGACCUCAUUUGAGUUAUGAUUUAAACAUCCCCGCUGGAAGGGUUGGGACAUAUGACACUCAGGGAAGGAUGGUGGUGGGUAUGACUUAUGAGAGGGUACAGGGGUUUGGGGAAAGAAAUUAUUAGAGAGAGGUGAUCCUUGAGUUCGCAACAACAUAUGACUUGUCAAUAGCUAUCUUAAAAGAGAGAGAUGAGCAUUUGAUUUCCUUUAAGAGUGGACUUCUUUCUUAGAAAGAUGGGUGUGGUCAACAUGAAAGGGCUAAAGGUAUACCAGCUGGUGGAGCACUUCUUUCAGUCUUUAGUGAAUACAUCUGGAAUGACUCUUCACAUACGACAGCUUGCUGGGAAAAACUCACACCAUAUUAUUGAGGCUACAUUUAAAGUUUUUGCAAGAGCUCUUCGACAAGCAACUGAAUAUGAUCCACGGCAUCGUGGGUCUGUGCCAAGGUUCUUAGGAAAUCUGGAUUUAAACUGGGACACCAAAAUGCUCUAAAGGGGUUUUGUCGCGUUCCUGAAAUUGCACCGUCAGCUUUUGGAGGGCCAACAAUUGCAGCAGCUCAAGCUUGGCUAGCAUUACAUUGGUGAAGUUGACGCGUACUGUUGCUCAUUUAUUUCAUAUCGCAAAGAUGGUCAUUGAAUCCUGGAAAUCCCAAGUACUGUCAAAGCAGAAAUUGCAUUGGUUGAUGAUUCUACUGUAGGUGUGAGUUGGUGCCUAGAAGUUGGGGGGAAUUAAGUAGCUGUUUCAGUUUUAUUUCUGUAAUAAGUUAAAUAGUGGUUCCAAUGUCAUUUGUGAAGCAUAUCCAUAUAUUUCCAGUUGGAAUUCUCCCUUGACCCGCAUGCUUCAUGAAAUUCCAUGAGCUGGAUCCAUCUUUACUCUUCA